CUUGCCCACCUAGGGGCCACUGAGGCCGCCAGCCCUGUGUCCUGCAGCGAGGUUGUCCCCACGGGCUGGAAUCUCUGCACUGUCGUCGGGGUGCUGCUGGGCUAUCCGGCAGCGUACGCCUUCUCCAUAGAGGAGGACACCGAGAACUGCCUGGCGCUGACACCGCUGAGGGUAUUCACAGUCCAGGCCUCCUGCCCCAGGAUAAAGGACAGUCUCAGGGUGCAGAUCUACUCCUUCAGCAUCCCGGAGAGCCUCUGCACUGAGCUGAAGGAGGUGCUGGACGCCUGGUGCGAUGACCUGAAAGAGGCCUUCAGCGCCCAAAGUGACUUUGUAGAUCUCUGCAUUUCGAGCGAGGUGGUGUCUCUUCCAGCAGUUGCCUUGUAA